UCGACUACUUUCCUCAUGUGCAGCACUUUGAAACUAUUAGUCUGUCUCACUUUUUCAUUUCUGUUUUCGUAACUACGUUGCCUACUGCAAUGAAUGUCACUUACAUCACUCUUGACGGUCACUUAGAGAUUGAAAAAUACAGAUAUGUCUAUUUUAUCUUCAUGUUUACAAGUUAUGUUUUGAUCCUGUCCAGCAAUUCCACAGUGUUUUGCCUGAUUGUGAUCCACAGAAACCUCCAUGAGCCCAUGUAUGUUUUCAUUGCUGCUCUGCUGAUGAACUCCAUGCUUUUCAGCACCGUGGUCUACCCGAAGCUUUUGAUCGACUUUAUAUCUGAAAAACAGAUCAUAACUUAUGAAGCUUGUAUCUUCCAGGGUUUUUUAUUCUAUUCUUUAAGUGGUUCUGAAUUCUUGCUGUUGGCUGCAAUGUCUUAUGACAGAUAUGUGUCCAUAUGUAAACCUCUGCAAUAUCCAACCAUUAUGAGAAAAAGAAAAGUGACUGUUCUCCUCGUUUUAUCUUGGUUCGUGCCUGCCUGCCAUCUUGUUGUGCCGGCCGUUGAAUUUGCUCAGUUAAAACUCUGCAGCUUUACUUUGAAAGGCAUUUACUGCAACAAUUCAUUGAAUUAUAACUUCUGUGUGACUUCAAGAACGCUGUAUAUUUAUGGCCUUGUGAUGCUGUUCGAUCUCAGCCUUCUUCCGAUGUUUUUCAUCCUCUUCACUUACACAAUGAUACUGAUAGUGGCCUGUAGGAGCGGUGGAGAUGUGAAGAAAAAAGCUGCACAGACGUGUUUACCUCACCUGCUGGUUUUAAUCAACUAUUCCUGUUUGCUCACUUGUGACAUGAUUAUUGUUAGGUUACAAUCUGAUAUUUCAACAACUGUACGUUUCAUAAUGACAUUGCAGAUAAUAAUGUAUAAUCCUCUUUUUAAUCCAGUCAUAUAUGGACUAAAAGUGGGAGAAAUUUAUAAACACCUGAAGCGGUUGCUCUGUCACACCAGAGGAAAGUGACAGCUUGUUUAAGCUUCGGUCGUUUUUGUCUUUUUUCUGUCCCAGGAAAGAAUUAUUUUUGAAAACUGUUUAAUUAUUAGAGGUAAACGUGGAAUUUGAUCAGUUUUGUGUGUUUCUCACAUUCAUUUACCUUAUCUACAAUAAUGAUAGUGUUAACUAGUUUUACUCAGGUUUGUUUUAAAGCCUGUGUAAUUUAAGACAGGAUGUACUACUGUUAUUAUUAAUUAUAUUUUCUUUUUAUAACAAAUGGUUAUU